AUGAACACCACAUCAAUCAACUGUACUGUGAAUUUUGGCAGAGAUAGCCCUCGAAGCUGUUCCCUGCUUUACAGCCGCUUGAGCUCUUCUUUAGGAACCCCCAUGCCAGUGCUCGAAGCUAAACCUGAGGACAUCAGCCCUGGAUCUAGUGAUCAUGAAGCAGAUGAUCCUGUGGAUUUUGACCUGGCUGGCCAAGGAGACCAGGUGCCAGUGCACAUGCAAUGGAGACCCCAUCAGCGUCCAUCUUACGAGGAUGUCCUCCGGCGCAAAGAGGAGGUGUGGAGGCAGGUAAUGGGAAUCCACAGAGCGAUCCCGAUGAUGAACAACCUGAUAGCAGUCAUCAGGACUACUUGCAGGACUUGGCAGCUUUUCAGCCCAAGAGCCUGCCUCACCUCUGGCCAGAACAGAAUCAACAGAUUGGCUAAUGAGGUGCCAAUCCCAGCACAACUCCUUUGUUGCGUUGCGGCCAACUCUCCUCCAGAGCGGCAGAGCAUUCCCUCUGAGUGCCUGCUGCCUCUGCGCCCAUCGCCCGGGAUUGGUGAAGCAGGGAGAGAGCAGCAAAGGGGGCUAUGCUUCAAUAUCAGACCUGCUGCAUGCUCACAGUGUGGGUCAAAGGACUUGUGCGAGCCGGAGCCAACUGCGGAGUGCUUGACCUAUGUCAUGAACGGGCGUGUGCAGUUCUUCAAAGGGCAGUGCAAAUGCAGCUCCUGUGGGCAUUAUGAGAAGCAGAUGCUUACAGAUUUCGUCAAGGUUGGAUUCUGGCCUGGCACCACAGACGCGCUAGAUUUGAGACUGUCUACCGUCUCUGUUUUCCUGGGACGCGAUUUUUGCUGGGAAUUAGCCACAGACGUCCCGAUUACGACCUUUUCGGUUUUAGACAUGCGCUGCCACGGCUCAAUUAGGGACGAGGGUCGAUCGCGCGUCAAGAAGCCACCGACAGCACAGCUGACGUCAUCGGGAAGCUGGACGUCAGGACCAUCUGUAGGAAAUGGCCAAACAAUGACCUUGUAUGACACCUUUGGGAACCUUGUGCAGCAAGCGGCUGUGGCAGGAGUGUGGAGCAAGGCCACCUUUGACACUGCCACCCCUCCUUUGAGCAAGGGAGUGGGCAAGGUAUUGGCCAAAGCCUACAAUGGCAUCCUUGAUCCUCAUGGAUGGGAUCAACCCCUGGACAUCCAGGAUCUAGCAAUGAAGCAGCCCAUGGAGCACUGUGUGGGGGUUGACCCUGGGAACCUACCAUGGCCAGUGGCUGUCUCCCAAGAAGGAUACCCAUACUUGCUCUUUGGCAAGUGGAGACACAAGUACAAGGAGAGAGUCCAUGGCCUGGAUGAUGGCCAGAUCCAGGGUUUCUUGGCCAUCAUGAUGCUCAGUGUAUCCCCCAUGAUGGCCAUGAAGGUGAAUUACGGAGGGCCAAGAAUUUCAUUUGAGUGUUUAGGGUCCAUGGACAAAGUCUAUAAGAGGCCACGCCUUGCCAAGGCCAUUUGGCCAAAAACCGCUAUUAACAAACCUCUUCAGUACUUGGGCAGAUCCUCAAUAGCAGCUAUUGGACUGCAUGGGUCCUUGAAUAGCUGCUAUUGUAGCCCCCUUCAGUACCUAGGCAGAUCCCCAAUAGCAGCUAUUGGACUGCAUGGGUCCUUGAAUAGCUGCUAUUGUAGCCCCUCCAGUGUAAAUGUGAGGAGACUCAUUUCACAGUCCCAUGCAGAAGGCCAUGUUAUGGGUUGCCAGAGGUGGCUCACAAUUUAUGGAGGGGAUCCAAGACCCUUGGCAUGGCUGGGAGGACUCAUAUGGGGCCCAUACAUGAUCCUGCAUGGGUGCCAAGUGAAGCGGCACCCUGUGCUGGUGUGCAGCAUGGUGUAUACAUAUGCCAGUGGGUCCAAGGGCCCUCAGAUCUCACAAAGGGUCUCAUACAUCCCACACAACAAGUAUGGGCCAUGGCAGCAGUCAUUUGCAGCCCAAGGCCAAGUCAUGCCAAGUGAUGCCAAGUUAUGCCAAGUCAUAUGCCAACAUGGGAAACUGGGUCUUAGGCGAAAGUGCUGUUGGAUGAAUUCCCCUUGA